AUGACCUUCACCACCUGGAUCAUCCUGGCCAUCGCCGCCGCCGCAGCAGCUCUGCCAUCAGGCCCAUCGCCAACACCAACGCUCACUCUUGUCUUACAACACCGUCAAGCGUCAUUGACGACAUCCUCCCUCGCAAGCCCCGUCCCCACGGGUGACUUCAUCACGACAAAACACAUCACCAUCCCCGGCGUCACGGACAGCCACCUUACGAUCCCGGCCAAGACGAUCGACAUCGCCCUCCCCACGUGCGUCCAGACCAUCCAGCCGGACGCCAACGGCUACGUCCCCCCCAGAGAAUGCGGCGCGCUGUGGAACUACUACCCGAGUUUCCCGGCGGCCGUGGUGUUUGCCGUGAUAUUCGGGAUUCUCACCGGCGUUCACAUCUGGCAGGCCGCCAAGCACAAGAAGAGAUGGUGCUGGGUCAUCAUCAUGGCGGGUAUCUGGGAGACGCUCGCCUUCGUCUUCCGCUCCGUCAGUAGCAAGCACCAACAAGACACCGGCAUCUACCUCGUCUUCCAGAUCUUCAUCCUCCUCGCACCAUUAUGCAAGUCCCGGGUCAACGCCUUCGCGUACAUGACCCUCGGCCGCAUGAUCCACACCUUCCACCCGACCCGCGCCCUCCUCCGCAUCCCGGCCCCGGCCUUCGCCGCCCUCUUCGUCGCCCUCGACGUCGUCUCCUUCAUGAUCCAGCUCGUCGGCGGUAGCAUGGCCGGCCCGACCGCACCGCCCGAGGAACAGAUGCGCGCGAUCCACAUCUACAUGGGCGGCAUCGGGCUGCAGGAGUUCUUCAUCCUCGUCUUCGUCGGGCUUGCCGUCGUGUUCCAGCGCGACAUGCGGCGCGCGGAGAGGAGCGUAAGCCUAGCCGCCGCGCCUACGAAGAGGACAGAUGCGGCGUGGAGGCCGUUGAUGUGGGCUUUGUACUUUUCGCUGGGGAGCAUCACGGUCCGGAUCGUGUAUCGGCUGGUGGAGUUCUCGUCGGGCCAGGGGGCGGGGAAUCGCUUGAUUGCGAACGAGGCGUAUUUCUUCGUCUUGGAGGCCGUGCCGAUGGUGUGUGCUGUUGCUGUGUUUAAUGUCGUGCAUCCGGGGGCUGUUAUGUCUGGGCCCGGGUCGGAGAUGCCGGGGCUGGUGAGGACGGUCAAGGAUGCUUUGGCGAGGAGGAGGGGGAGGGUUUCUUUGGAGGAAGAGGGGGAGGGGCAUGAGCUUACGAGAAGGAGAUCCUCGAGUUCUUGA